AAAUGUUAACCAAAAAUAAUAAUAUCUCACACAAAAAGAAAACAACAUAAUUAUCUAUUUCCUAAAGAUAAUUAUUGUAAAUAUCACAAUCAUCUCGGUUUCCAUUAUUAUUGUGUGCUUACAAUAAUAAUCUUGCCCAGAAGACAUUAUUAUUGUUGGUAGAAAGAUUUAGACUCUUGAAAAGAAACGAUUAUCUGACUCUGAAUCACAAUAAUAAUCUCUGCCUUUUUUUCGGGCAGAGGUUAUUAUUUGGACGCUUGAAAUUUGAAACGUUUUAAUGAGGUAGAGUGGAGGAGAUUAUUUCAUGCGUGACUGUAAACAAGCGUCUGGUUGAGAGAAAAUUCACGUGACCCUAGUUUCGCUUUACUUUAACUGAGUAGGCACCGAAGGCACAUGGUGAUGGUAACGGUCUUGCGAUCGGUCUGAGAAGCUUAUGAGAAGAUGUUUUGUAUGGAAUGUGGUAUGCAGCUUGCUGAUGGGAAGGCAAAAUUUUGUGGGAAUUGUGGUACCAAGGUACCCUCAGCCUCCAAAGAAACAGAUCCUGGUGUUGAAGUCCUCCCUCCUUCGUUUGUUCAGGGAACUUUAUCUCAAGGCGCAAUGGAGAGUUUGGCUAAACUUAAAGAAAAAUAUCCCACCAACAUUGGACACAAACCAGUGUCGAAGAAACGAACAAGUGAAUCAAAAGAAAUGAUCAUCCAUGUAAUGGACAAAAAGAAAAAAGCACUCAAAAGAGCUUUUCCAAGUGACAGUGGGUUAACAGGCUGUUUAAAAAUAAAAGCAAAUUACAAUCAAACCACCAAAAAUUGGAUGGACUCCCUUAAACACCAUUUCAGAGGAAAUAUAGAUUUUAUCCCCCACAUUAUGGGUAGAAAUGGGUUGGAACCCAUCAGUACCGACUGUAGCCUAGAGCAGAUAGAAAGUAUGAAAAUCCAGAAAAAAUCUGCUUUAAAGAUCUAUGCCAUGGCAAAGGGAAAAGAUAGGCAAGAAAUUGUACAAAAAUUUAAAACGCAGAACAUCCAAGAGGUUAUGGAGUCCGACGAAGAAAUGCCAAAAAUUGAAUUGCAGAAACCAUCCUCUAAAUGUGGUGGAAAGAGUUUAUCAAAGAUAUCCACUAUGCAGAGUGAUGAUGUUGUGGAAUCCGACGAAGAAAUGCCAAAAAUUAGAUUGCAGAAACCAUCCUCUAAAUGCAGUGGAAAGAGUUUACCAAAGAUGUCCGCUAUGCAGAGUGAUGAUUCCUCUAAAUGUGGUGGAAAGAGUUUACCAAAGAUAUCCACUAUGCAGAGUGAUGAUAUUGUGGAGUCGGAUGUGGAAUUGCCUAAAGUUCCAUUACCAGUUGUGGAGUCGGAUGUGGAAUUGCCCCAAGUUUCAUUACCAUCCUCUAAAUGUAGUGGAGAGAACAUGCCAUUGGGGAGAAAAAUCAAGAGUUCCACUAUGCAGAGUGAUGAUCUGCCAGAUUUGUGUUCCUCGAAAGAAGAAUCUCCAUGUAUAAAAGAGGAUGAGAUCUCUUGACAAAGACUUCAAGCUUGCACAAUUUACAGACGAGU